AUGCAGGCUAUUACUAAUAAACAGGAGCCAUCUCCUACAAAAGUUCACCAACUUAUCAAGAGCCAUUCUGAUGGGGAGAAAGGUAUUACUCCUAAUCCCUUGCCUAAAAUAGAACAUAGUAAUAGCUCAACCCAAUCUGAAUCUUCAAUGGAGCCUGAAAAAUCUACCUCUUUACCACAAGAUAUUAUCAAUGACAAUUCAGCUGAGAUCCUAGAUUUUGUAGAAAUGAUACAUAAGGAAAGGAUUAGUGUAACACCUGAAUCUCUGGACUCGAAAAUUGUGAAAAUGCUUUGGGAUCAGAAUCAGCAGAGCUGGCAUGGCCAAAAUAAAAGCCUGGACAAAACAUCCCAAUCACACAAGAAAAAGGGAACAGAGAAUAUCGCCCAGGUAAUAGCUGAUGGCAUUCAAGAUUCAGAUUCAAAUCAUGUGUCUGAAAUUUCAGCGACGGCCCGUCGUCAAAAUUCUGAUACAAUCUCAUUACUCGAUUUAGCUCAAUUAUUUGAUAAAGCAACUAAUGCUGAAUAUUAUGCUAUGAAAGCUAACCAGGAAGAAACCUUAUGCUGGUCAACUAUGGAAAAGAAUUCAUAA